GAGGAUGUCGACAUGGACGCGCUGCCGCCGCUGGCCACGCUGCCCAUUGCCAAUGUGGCGCGCCUGAUGAAGCUGGCGCUGCCGUCGAGCAGCAAGAUCGCCAGUGGAGCACGCGACGUCGUGCACGAGUGUGUGUGCGAGUUCAUCGCAUUCCUCACCAGCGAGGCCGCGGACCGCUGCGCCGAGGAGAAGCGCAAGACGAUCAACGGCGACGACGUGCUCUACGCCAUGCGCGCGCUGGGCUUCGACGAGUACGAGGCCGUCUGCAGCGUCUGGCUGGCCCGCUACCGG